AUGGAGCUUCCCUUUGAGACGUACGACGUCUUCACCGACACACCCUACCGCGGCAACCCCCUCGCCGUCGUCACCAUCCCCGCCGACCUCCCCGCGCCGCCCACCCAGGCCCAGAAGCAGGCCGUCGCGCGCGAGUUCAACCUCUCCGAGACCAUCUUCAUCCACGAGCCCGCCUCGUCCAGCAGCUCGUCGUCCCGCACCGUCGACAUAUUCGUCACCAAUGCCGAGAUUCCCUUUGCCGGGCACCCCACCAUCGGUGCCGCCGUGUCCCUCCUGAGCGGCAGCGGCGCCGUCGACACCAUCGUCACCAAGGCCGGCCCCAUCCCCGUGUCCAGCACCGGGCCCAACGCCGCGCGCGCCGCCAUCCCGCACAACGUCCACCUGCACGCCAAGAAGCUCCGCGACCUCGCCUCUUCCUCUGCGCACCUCCUCGAGGGCCUCUCCGCCGUCCCCGCCGUGCGCGCCGCCGAGCUCGACGCCCCCAUCUACAGCAUCGUCAACGGCAUGGCCUUUGUCCUCAUUGAGCUGCCGUCGCUCGAGGUCCUCGCGCAGGCGGCCGAGUCGCCGUUUACCGGCCCCGUCGGGGCGCUCCUCGACGAGGGGUGGCGGUCGGGCCUGUGCUGCCGCUUCUACUACGUGCGGACGGGCACGUCGCGCACCGGCGAGGAGGACGGCGUGGAGGUGGUGACGCUGCGCACGCGCAUGAUUGACGCGCUGUGCGAGGACCCCGCCACGGGAUCGGCGUCGUCGGCGCUGUGCUGCUACCUGAGCGCCGCGCUGGGGGAGCAGAAGGCGGCGAAGCGGCGCUACGAGCUGACGCAGGGCGUGGAGAUGGGUCGCGAGAGCAACAUUGUCGUCGACGUGACGAUGAAGGACAAUACAAUUGACCAGGCCCAUCUCUCUGGCCAGGCCGUCAAGGUCAUGAAGGGCACUCUGGUUAUCUAG